GCCCUGGCGUCUCGCGGAGGGUUGUGGGAGUCGUGAUGGGAGGAGGUGGUAGUGGGGCGAGACUUGCGCGGGGCUGCUGGGAUUUGUAGUCCCACCGGCCGCAGGCGGAAGUGCCGUGGUUCCGACGCUGUUGUCACAGGGUGGCCUUUGGUCAUCUGAAAUCCGCCGUCCUGAGUGCUGGGAAGAGGGGCUAGAGGACGUCGGGCCGGGGUCGGGGUACACAGCAGGUCUAUGCAGCAGUAAGGAGUACCUGUGAAGAAAACGGGAUAUUGCCCUGAGGCUUAUAUUCUGCCUCAGUUGUCUUUUCUUGAAAUAUUAUAAAUCAGAAUGUCUGCACAGUCAGUGGAAGAAGAUUCAAUACUUAUCAUCCCAACUCCAGAUGAAGAGGACAAAAUUCUGAGAGUGAAGUUGGAGGAGGAUCCUGAUGGUGAAGAGGGAUCAAGUAUCCCCUGGAACCAUCUCCCAGACCCAGAGAUUUUCCGACAGCGAUUCAGGCAGUUUGGAUACCAGGAUUCACCUGGGCCCCGCGAGGCUGUGAGCCAGCUCCGAGAACUUUGCCGUCUGUGGCUCAGGCCAGAGACGCACACAAAAGAACAAAUCUUGGAGCUGGUAGUGCUGGAGCAGUUUGUUGCCAUCCUACCCAAAGAGCUACAGACUUGGGUUCGAGAUCAUCAUCCAGAGAAUGGAGAGGAGGCAGUGACAGUGCUGGAGGAUUUGGAGAGUGAACUUGAUGACCCUGGACAACCGGUUUCUUUCCGUCGACGAAAACGGGAAGUACCAGUAGAAGACAUGGUAUCUCAAGAAGAAGCUCAGGGAUUACCAAGUUCUGAGCUUGAUGCUGUGGAGAACCAGCUCAAGUGGGCAUCCUGGGAGCUCCAUUCCCUAAGGCACUGUGAUGAUGAUGGUAGGACUGAAAAUGGAGCACUAGCUCCAAAGCAGGAGCUUCCUUCAGCAGUAGAAUCCCAUGAAGUUCCUGGCACUCUCAAUAUGGGUGUUCCUCAAAUUUUUAAAUAUGGAGAAACCUGUUUCCCCAAGGGCAGGUUUGAAAGAAAGAGAAAUCCCUCUCGAAAGAAACAACAUAUAUGUGAUGAAUGUGGAAAACACUUCAGUCAGGGCUCAGCCCUUAUUCUUCAUCAAAGAAUUCACAGUGGGGAGAAACCUUAUGGAUGUGUUGAGUGUGGGAAAGCAUUCAGCCGAAGUUCCAUUCUUGUGCAACACCAGAGAGUCCACACUGGAGAAAAACCUUACAAAUGUCUUGAAUGUGGGAAAGCCUUUAGCCAGAAUUCGGGGCUUAUUAAUCAUCAGAGAAUCCAUACUGGGGAGAAACCUUAUGAAUGUGUUCAGUGUGGGAAAUCGUAUAGUCAAAGCUCAAAUCUUUUUAGACAUCAGAGAAGACACAAUGCAGAAAAACUUCUGAAUGUUGUGAAAGUUUAAGAAAUUGAAAAAAAAAAAUCAGCACUCAGGUCUUUUUCUUCAGAAAUGAAGACAAAAUUUAAAAUAUGAAAUGAUGCAGAAUAGUUUUUUCCCUAUUGACUGUCAGAAAAUCCACUGGGAAAUGUAAAAAUCUUCACUCACCAUUAUGAUUUUAUCUUGAAAGAAAUGGUGUUGUACCUGCCUAGAAACUGAAAUUUUAAACUUAAUUCAGGUCUUAAUGCCUAAAUUUUCCGUGUGAUGUUUAUAGUCUGUAUUACUUCUCCAAAUAAUGAACUACCUGAUUCAUUGUCCCUUUCUUGAAAGUUUCCUUUUUUUUUUUUUUUUUAAGACAAAUACAUUAUUUCUGCAUUGAUCAUUGAAAUGUUCUUUAUAAGGAUACAUUCCCUUAUAUAUUAAAAGGCAACAGGAAUUACAAAGUCUGAAAACCAUUUUAAACCAUCUUAAAAAUUUACCCUUGUUUCCUUUUACCUAAUUUGAAUAUGCAUUUGAGAAAAUAGAGGAUAAAGGAUGGCUAAGAGCCUCAAAAUGAGCCAUAAGAUCUCAGAUAAGAAGUGAUGGUGAUAAAACAUCAAAAAGUGAAUGGAACACCUUGAUUGGGGAAGAUAUACAAAUACUUUGAUCUAAGAAUUGAAGUGUAUCAAUUUAUAUUCUGCCUGCAGGAAAAUUCAAAAGCUACUCAUCCUCUCUAUAAUUUGGAGUCAUCUUACUAAUGAAAAUAAUGUUUUCCCAUAUAUUAUUAAAAAGCAUACAGUCUAAACAAAUAGUUGUAAAAUAAUGAAGGUAGAAAUUAUAACACUAGGGAAAAAUUUGUGGUGGAUGGCAGUGUUGAAGGCAAAUGUAAACUUAAGGGUAAUGGUCUGUCAUGGCUUUUAGAAAAAGAUGAUCGAAUUCAUCAUUAUUUUGCCUUCAUCUUUGUUAAGGACGGAAAAUUCCCUGACAGGUGGGCAAGUAUCAGGUUACCUAUUUUUUAUUCUUUUGGUACAAAAGGGUUGAACGUCAGGCUAAAAAAGCAGCCAUGCAUUUAUUAUUAAACAUUUUCUACCGACAAGGCACUGUGCUAGGUACUGUAAUCCUACCAUAAGUAGGUAGGUAUUUCUUCCACUGUAAAUCAUAGUAGUUUGCUGUUUUAUGUGAGUUAGCCUCUUCCCCUUGUCUGAGCAUUCCUCAGGGGAGGUCACCUGUGAGGUUCCCAGAACUGUAGUUCUUUUACCAGGGUGUUGUAUUUGAAGGGGGAGGAGGACUCGGUUCAAAGAGCUAGCUGGCUUUCCAGUGUUCAGAGGUGAGUCCACCAUACUCUUACCACAAUUUGGAACUUUGUGAAUCUUUUUAAAGAACUAAUCAAUCUCUAAUAGCAUUGAGGUUGUACCUACAUAUUAAGUUGAAUGGACUGUUCUAUUUAAAAAAUAAACAACUAGACUAUUAACAACUAGUUUAUUAACCUAUCAGAAUUGAAUUUUUUUUUUAAUUUUCAGUCUUAACACAUUUUAAAAAAUGUAUUAAAGUAAUACAUUGUAGUAGUAGGAUUAUAUACUCUUUGGCUGAGAAUUCCAAGUACUGUGGUUCUACUGUUUAGUGGAAAACUCUGGAAGUUAAAAUAUAGAAUAUGAGAGGAGGCUUUUUUAUAAUGGGCAUCAUUGUGUGGAAAAUGACCCAUGUGAAUACAAGUAUUUCCUAGUUCACAGAUUUUGGUUAUAUCUGGUGCUUGGAUCAAGUUUAAAAAUGGAAGGUGAGAUUUUGCAUGAGCCUAUUAAAAAGCAUAGUAAUAAAUGCUAGGCCAGCUGGUGGAAAAGUGAGGCAGAAUGGAGCUUGUUUAUAGGUUUUCUGAUAACAAUUAUAAAAAAUGUGCUUUAUAGAUUAAGAUUUAUUGAAGUAUAAAUAUGUAGUAAUGAUAUAAUGUAUUUUAAGUUAUACAAGAAAAUGUAGGGACUUUUGUUUGGGUCUUUUUGUGGCUGAGGGGAAACAAGUCAAUGUCCAAUAAAGCUGUAAACUCCUCUGCUCUAAGAUAAA